AUGGUUUUUGCCGGAAUUACCGCUGACGGCAAAACUCCGCUGAUUUUUGUGGAUCCUGGAGUCAAAGUGAACCAAGUAUAUUACAGGGCGUAGAUUUUGAAGUUGAGGGUGUUGCCCUGAGCCGAUUCUCACUACGGAAACCGACCAUAGACCUUCCAGCAAGACGGCGCCCCGCUCAUCGUGCCAAAGGGACUCAAGAGUGGUAUCGCGCCAAUUUUCCGAGUUCAUCUCGGCUGCUGAUUGGCCUGCUUCCUCGCCCGAUCUCAACCCGAUGGACUAUGCCGUGUGGAUAUAUCUGACCGAGAAGGUCUCUUCUAAGAACUACCCAAGUAUCAAAGCCCUGAAGACCGCGCUCAUCAAGAAAUGGGACGAAAUCGACGACGACUACCUUCGUGCCGUGAUCGGUGCGUAUCCGAAGAGACUGAAGGCCGUUAUCAAUGCUAAAGGAGGACGUUUUCGAAAAACUAUUCUUGAAUUUUGUUUUCUAUAUUGUAUGAAUAAAAUUUGUUCCAAGUUUGGUGGUGUUUGGUUGAUUUUUCGAGAAAGUUAUAACGUUUCAAACGCGUUUCAAUACUUAUUGCGCACCCUGUAUAUAGCUUGAAAACCUAGCUUCAGAAAAACAAAUAAUGGAUAGAAAGCAGAAAUUUCAGAAAAAAAAACCUCGUAUGGCGAAAUGUUUGUUUAAACCCGAAAAACCAUGAAACAACUAGAAAAAAAAUAUAUAAUUUAGCUGAUUCAUAUAACAAAAUCUUCAAACUGCAUCAGCAAAUUCAAUUUGGCUCUAAUUUACACGAAACUGGUUUCAAACUACGCCGAAGGAACUGGAUAAUAACUUUUACUUAUAGAAAAAACGUUAAAAGAAGUAUUAAUAAAGAAAAAAAGCAAAAAAAUAUGUUUUUCAAUUAACUCUUUCCGUAAAUCUUGCGAGAGCUUUAAAGGGUGGGUAUUGUAAUCCAAAAACGGGUCCUGAACAGAUCAAAACUACUGCUGCCGUACGAUUUACGGCGCCCGCCCCUGGUAUUUUUUUUUCUGCAUUUUCUUUCACUGACAAGAACGCCGUGAAUUCUCGUCUUUUUCAACUUUUCUUUUUGUUUUUUGUAUUUUUUGCUACGUAAAAAGUUUUUUUUAUACGAGGCUUACAUCGUGUAAAACUUCGCUAGCCAUGGAACUUUAUUAUCUUAAGAUUUAAUUUUUCAAAAUUGUCGUCUUUUUCAACCUCUUUCAUAGUUUUUUUUUCAGUUAACGUAAAUCUUUUCGCUUUUUCAGGAUUAUAUCGCUUGUUCUAAAGGAAAUCUUGAUUUCAAUAAAAAAGCUUUUUGGCCAACACAAGCUUUCGUAUUAAGAAACUUUUGUUUCUCUUUAUUUUUUAAAGUUUUUUUGUGGAUAGGGUGUUUUCUAGUAAUUUGGACUUUUUCAAGGAUUUUUCGAUGUUUUUGCACUUUUUUCAGCUGAGGAUCGAGAAGGAACGUUUCGAAAGAUACAAGAAUGAAGUAAGAUUUUUAUCCAAAAAAACUGUUUAUAACACUUUUUUACGUAAUUUGAUAAGUUUUAGUUUUAAAAACAUAAAAUUUCGCGUAGUUUGAUAAGUUUUUGAAAAAUAUCGUUUGAAGGUUUUUUUUUCAAGUCGUUCAUAAAAGAAGACUCAAAUUUUCAACAAUAAAGAUGAUAUAAAAUGGUUAAAAAGUUAUUUUUCAAAAAUGGGAGAAAGAAGAUUUUUUUCUACGUUCUUGUGACAAUUAGAAAGAAAUUCUCAUUAUUUCUUUGUUUUUUUAAAUUUUUUUAUGCCGUGUUCAAAGUAAUUUCCGCGAAAUGCAAAAUGGUCUCUGACCCUCCAAAAUUUAGUUAUCUUUCUCUUUCUCUGACGGCUAUUUUGAAUUUCGCGGAAUCACUCUGAACACGGCAUUAGACCUAAUUUAUGCCGUGUUCAAAUAUCUGCGAAAUUCAAAAUAUCCGUCAGAGAGUGGAAAAUAUAACUGAAUUUUGGAGAUUCAGAGAUGAUUUUAACUUUGCAGACUUCGAACACGGCAUUAGACAUUUUUUGGGCAAACUGUAACUUUUUAUGAUCUUUUUUCAAGGUUACGAACGCCCCAGCGCGCAGAUUCUCCUUAUUAUCGAUUUUAGAGAAUUUAUCGAUUUAUAUCUGACAUCUUACUAUGUAAAAGUGACUUUCCUCAUUUGAUUGGAUAUUAUAUUAUAUUACUUUACACAAAGGUGAGUAAAAUAAGGUAAAUGUCGGCGUUGGAAGCGGGAGUCUUUGGGGUGUCGUCUCGACGCCUCGCACGCCGGUUUUCUCUGCGUCUCUGCGCGACGCACGCUCUCUUCGAGGACCCUCGUCGCUCUGCGCGGCGGCCCCACGCCUCGGAACACCCAAUUCUCCGUUUGAAUUUCUGCCUUUUCUCUUAUUUUUUAGUUUUUACAUGUUAUAAUUACAUAUUAUUCAUAUUUUUGAUCCCCUCUGCGAAAUUUCAACAUUUCUUGUGAUAAAAUACAAGUUUUUCGUCACGAAAUGGAUUCUAAAUUUGUAAUUUUUCCUCUGAAUGCUUCUGUUAUUUGAAUUUGCAACUUUUGCCGCGCUUCUAUGGACAUAUUGCCGUCUGGGAGCGUUAUUUUUUUGAGAUUUUUUUCCCCAACAGGAGCUUGAUUAUUUUUUUCUUCAAUAAAUUUUUUUCUCAAAAAUUAUAUUCUUGCCUUUUUUUCUAGAAUUUGUGCGAGACAGAAAUUACGAUUAAAAAUAUCAACUUUAGACGAUUUCAAAGCAUUUUUUUAUGAAAUUUAUUAACUUUCUCCCAUUUGCAUACGAAUUUUCAAAAAAAUUCAUUGAUUUUAUGCUUUUUUUGAAAAAAAUUUUUCUGAGCCAAUGCAAUUUGAGACGCUCUCGUAUAUUUUUUUUUUCGAUGAUUUUCAAUUUUUUACAUUUUCAUUAGGAAGGGGAAUGUUUUGGUUUUUUUGUUUUGUUUUUCGAAAAGCUUUUUUCAAAAAUCUAAUUAAUUUGUGGCUUGUACUAUAAAUAAUUCUUCUUGAACGAGAGAAAUUUUUUAAACAUUUUUACUGUUUUCGUUAAAUUUUAUAAGAAAUAGGGGAUAAGAGGUUCAUUUCGAGUGUUGUUGUACGAAUUUGAAAAUAUCUGCUCGUUUUAUUUUAAUAUCAUUUUUUCCGUCUUUGACUCGUGUUUUCAUUAUUUUUUUUGCCUAAUUUUUCCAAUUUUUCAGUCUUUGUCAAUCAAUCAACGGCUUCAAACAUGAAGAAGGGGUACGUUCAACUUAUUUUUUUAUAUUUUGAAAGAGAAAGUGGGAAAAAACUUUAAAAAUAGUUUUUUUUCUUAAAUUCAUAGCUAACUGUAGCUUAUAAAAAAUGAUUUCAAAAACCUUUUUUGCGUAUUUUUUGCCGAAAAAAGCAGCUGUUUUUUCAUAGAUCUUUCUGAAUUUUAGUGGAAAAAGGAUUUUACAACAAAAUCUCUAGUCCGCAAUUAUUAAGGAUCGUAAGCCUGUGUACGCAGAUUUCAAAGCUCAUAAUCUUAGAAAGCAAAAAGAUUUUAUUUCUGUCUUAUUCGGUGCACUUUUCUUUCUAUUAUCUUUGUGGUUUUCUUGGAAUCUGCGCACACAGGCUUACGAUCCUCAAGAUUUGCGGACUUGAGAUUUUGUCGUAUUAAGGAAAUUUAGAGCUUGUUUUUCCAAAGCUUAUAUAAUUUAUUUUGCAGAGGUUCAAAACGCAGAAGGGAAGACGACGACGGCGACGUCUCCAUGACGGGAGACGACGACGACAGCAGAAGCGGCGCCGUUAAAGUCGAAGUUCCCAAAGGUGGCCUUGAUAUUCCAUGAGAAAUCCAAAAAGGCACCUCGUCAUCUCGAAAAAAGCUUAUUUCUGGCACUUCGAAAACUUUUACGUCAGGUUAAAAAUGAAUUUUGAAAAUAAACGAACAAAAAGCGCAGAAAGAAGAGGAUUUGCAGAUUUUUUUUUCAAAGAUGACUUUAAAAAACUUGUUUUCAGGAAAAGAAAAAGAACCCGAAUUCACAGCUCCGAAGGGCCAAAAACUGACGGAUUUAGACGAUGAAGGCGUCGCGGCUGUUAGUAACGCCAAUGGCAACAAGGUUUGUUAAAGAUUCAAUCAAUUCUGGAGAGAUAUUGAGUUUUUCAAGCAUAAAGUUGCAUGAAAACAUUGAAAAAAGACCAAUUUCAAAAUUAUACGUUUUGAAAUAGCAUUAUGCGGAAAAACUUGUUUGAGCCCGUUUUUUUAAGCGUUUCUCUUGUAUUUCAAAGAGAAAAAAAUUUUAAUUUGUGGUUUUAUUUGCCCUGAGGAAUGGGAUCUUGCUUUUGUCUAAUGAAAAAUCUAAUUAAAAAUAAUGAAUUUCAAUCCGAAAAUACUUUAUAACUGAAAAAAAAGCGCCAGGAAGGCGCUUUCUAUUUCAUUCAUGCUUUACGACUUUUCCUAUGUUUUAAAAAUUAUGAUAACAGAAAAAAAUCACAUUCCUUGUCAUUAUUGUGAAAUGGAAAUACUUUUGAUUUAUGACGAUUUUUGCUCAGGAACCCGAGGGAAACCUGAUCGAACAAACCCAUUUCAUCGUGGUCCCGUCCUACUCGGCCUGGUUUGACUACAACGCCAUUCAUCAGAUCGAAAAACGCGCCCUCCCCGAGUUUUUCAACGGCAAGAACAAGAGCAAAACCCCGGAAGUGUACGGAGAGUCUUCGAAAUUAAAAAAGAAAAAUCGAUUCAGAUUCCUCUCCUACCGCAAUUUCAUGAUCGAUACCUAUCGAUUGAACCCAUUCGAGUACAUUUCGGCGACCGCCUGCCGAAGGAAUCUCGCCGGAGACGUGGGAUCCAUUUAUAGGUAUGCAUUGAUUUUUUUAUGUAGAAAUUUUCAUUUAUUUGUAGGUUUUGUAUUUAUUGAUUUUUUUUCAAUAGAAUAUUGAUGGACUUCCAGGUAUUGAUUGGUUUUUUUUAUUAAAAAUUUAUUUAUUUAUAGGUGUUCAUUGAGCUUUUCUUUAGGAACUUUAUCGAUUUAUAGGUAUUCAUCGAUUUUUUAUAUGGGAAUUUUAUCGAUUUAUAGGUGUUUAUGGAUUUUUUUUCAAUAGAAAUUUGAUGGAUUUAAAGGCAUCUAAUGGUUUUUUUAUAUAAAUUUAUCGAUUUACAGGUAUUUAUUGAUUAUUUUUUUGUAGGAUAUUGAUGUAUUUUUAGGUAUUGCUUGGUUUUCAAAUGGAAAUUUAUCGAUUUAUAGAUAUAUUGUUUUUUUUUUUAACAAAUCAAUCCAGCUUUUCUCUAUCAAUUACAAAAACAGCGGUGAAAAACGAUAAAAAAAAUUUUGCGGUAUGAGCUUCUGCGUGACGGUGUAGUGCACAAAAAAACCGUUACUGUAACCUUUUUCGCUCGAAAAAAAUUUUUUUCUUCAACACAAUUUUUUUCGGACCUGAUAUUGAUUUUUGGAGUUACCUGAAAAAAACGUGUUCCUUGUUAAUUUUGAGGUUUUUUUAAAAAAAUUACUCCGCUAUUUACAUUCUUUUUUUCAUUUUCUUUAGAAUAACUAAAAAUACAGCCCAAGAAAGUCUCCUUGUUCAUGGCCAAGAAUUUUGCUACGAGUAACAAAAGAAAAUGAUUUUUAUUCGAAUCGAACUUUUUAUCACAGAUUGACGUUUCACUGGCGCUUUAUAAAGAAUGUCAAAGUUCUAUUUUAGUUAAGUAUUGGAUCCAUGAUGGAAAACCAAUUUGAAAAUUCUGUCCAAGAUUCUGGUCAAAAAAAAACCAGCAAAACAAAGCUUGGAACAAAAACUUUCUCAUGACUGCUCAAAAAAAAUUUUUUCCUUCUUUUAAGAACAAAAACAACAGCUGACGAGUGAUAGAAACAACAUUUGAUGAAUUUUAUUUUUUAUCUCACUUUGACGUUUCAGGAGAGCCUUAUCAUCGCUAAAUAAGUUCGGUAGUUGAUUUUUUUUGGAUUCAAAGCAUUCAAUUUUUCAUUUUAACUUGAUUUUUUUUAAUUUUUCCAGAAAAAAAUGGAUUUUUUUGAUUUGAGAAACUGUGACUCUACGUUUUAGGCUUCAAAAUUUGAAAGUUAAGAUUAAACUCUUAAAAUUAAAAACUAAAAAAAGGUAUUGGAAAAAAAUGAAUUUGAUUUUAAAAAAACAAAUCGAAAUUUUCGUUUCGUUAUUGAAAUGACAAGAAUAUUUUUAUGAAGCCUUUUCUUAGAAAGGACCCGUUGAAUGAAAAAAAAAAAAAAUUAGAAGAUUUUUUUGUACCUUUUAAUCAAAAACUCUUUUUUUUUAAAACCAAUCUGGGCUUUUUCAUUCUUUUUAAAAAGCAUGCUUGAUUGAUUUUUGUUCGAUUUUUACAGUUUCAAAAGCAAUUUUCCAGACUUCACGCAUUCCUGGAACAAUGGGGCCUGAUCAACUACCAAGUCGACGCCGAGAGUCGCCCCGCCCCCAUCGCUCCGCCCCCUUCCUCUCAUUUUAUGGUUCUGGCCGACACGCCCACCGGAGUCCAGCCACUGAAUCCCAUGCCGCCGAGUUCCUUGGUUCGUCUUGCCUGUAGAUAGUCGAUUCGGAGAGAAAUACGAGUUUUUUUGAAAAUUCAAAAAAAUUCCGAAAAAAAGAGUUUUUUUAAAAAGAUAAAAAAAGGAAGAAAGGAUCUUAAAUUAAGUUGGGAUAAUUCAGAAAAAAAUCCAAAAAAAUUGACUUUUUUUCCAGUUUUUUUCAAGCACAGUCGGUUUUAGUCCAUUCACAGCGGUUGCCGAGAGACGAGGAGGGCGCAGAGAAGCUAGAAAACCGGAUUUUUCUGAAUUUUUAUUUUCUGACAUUUACUAUGGAGUCUAUGUUUGAUCCUUCGGAUGUUAGAGAGCGUUAGAAAAUGAGAGGGUGGUAGUCUUCUUCUUUCUCUAAACGCUCUCUCCUUUACCAGUGCUCUCUAGCUUCGAAUAUUCGACGCUUUUUGAUAAAAGAGUUGUGGCGAAUGGAGUAUGCUUGAGAUUUAUAGAUUUUCUGGCGAUUUUUUGAAAAAAAUAGGAAUUUUCUGAUUCAGAAGGACGAGAAGAAGGGGAACGGAGAAGGUGGCGUCAAGGCGGAACCCGGAUCGAUCAGUGAAGUCGGAUUGAAGACGGACCAGUACCAGAAGCAGCUGGCCGCCAUGAAGGUAAGAGAAAGCUGAAAUCAGGAAAAAAAUCAAUCAACAAAUCAAUUUUUGAGAAUUUGAGUUAGCUAGACUGCCAAUUUUUAUGGUUUUCCUCCAUUUUGAACGGUUUUUUGGGUCGAUUUCAAAAAAUUUUCCAAAUGUUGAUCAAGAAUCACUGUUAUCAUCAACAAUGUAGUUCCAAAAGGUAGCCUGGGAAAAUUUCAGGGGUCACUUUAGGGUCUUGUAGUUUUAAUCGGAAAGUCAAAUUAGUGACCACUUAAGUGGCUGAAAGUUAGUGGUACUAUUAGACCAUUAAAACUACUAUAGUGGCCCCUAGGACGCAAAAAAGUAACUUCUAUAGUGGUUGUUUUAGUGGCCACUUUAGUGUCCUCUCCAAGUAGCCCUUGAGAAACCUCUUAAGUGACCACUAAAGUUUUUCACAGUUGAAAAUCUUCUUUUGGAGUAUUUUUCAAGCAGUUAGGAGGUGAAAUUUUGAUUUUUUUGAGCCGAAACUUCUGCUGAUCUACUAGAAACUUGCCCAAGUCUCUUGUUUAAAAAAAUCGUAUAAACGUACUUUUUUCUCAAUCUCAGUCAGAGAUGUUUUUGGAGGUCGCAAUCAAGCAUAUUUUGGACUUUUAAAAAAAUGAAAGAAAGAGAAUCAUCAGUUUUACAUCCGCAUUUUUAUAUAUGAAAAUCCAGAAACAGGAAACUAUUUUCAGACCAAGGGAGCCCUGCCUGGCCGCGACUGGACUGACCAGGAAACCGUCCUUCUGCUGGAAGGCCUGGAGAUGUUCAAAGACGACUGGAACAAGGUGAUCAACACCCUCGACAUGCUCAAAACCAACAAUUGUUCCAGGUGUGCGACCACGUCGGCACCCGAACCCAGGACGAGUGCAUCCUGAGGUUCCUCCAGCUCCCGAUCCAGGACCCCUACCUCAACGAAGACGAUGGAGGCAAUGGAGAAAGCGGCCCGGUCCUCGGACCCCUCUCCUACCAGCCCGUACCCUUCUCCCAGUCCGGCAAUCCGGUCAUGUCGACCGUGGCCUUCCUGGCCUCGGCCGUCGACCCUAGAGUGGCCGCUGCCGCCACCAAGGGCGCCCUUGAGGAGUUCUCCAAGUUGAAAGAAGAGGUGGGUCGUUUGGUCUUGGCUCAGCUAACAAUUCGAGAUCCUAGGAACUCCAGAGUGGCCCCUAGAGGGGUCAGGGAGAAAAAGGAAGGCGCUCCCUAUAGGGUUAUAAUUUAGGUGGUCCCUAUAGGGUUUUGUUCAGCUGGUACUACUCCUGUUUUGCAAGUUGUAGGGGCAUUGGAAGUGGUCCCUAGAGGGGAACUUUCAAGGGACCCUACAGGGACCACUUUGGCCUUCUUAUGAUAUUUUUAAAAUUCGAAAAACUACGAAUUUCGUGACAUUUCGAUUUUAGACAAGAUUUGUUACACUGAAAAAAAAUUUUAAAGUUUCGAAAAUAUUAUUUUUUCCAUGAAGGAGAAUUUGUGUAGUUUGGUGUCAGAAAACGUGGGUUUUCGAGAUUAUUUAGCUAUUUUUUAUCAUAAAAACCACGUGGGGUAAGUAUUAAAAACAAAAAAGAGUUUCAGAAAAUUCAAAGUGGUCCCUAGAGGGGUUCUGAGAUGAAAUAGCCUCCAAAAGCGUCAGAAAAAGGCUCCCUAUAUGGGGUUAAACUAUGUUGUCUCUAUAAGUUUUUGUUGAUCUGUUGAUACUCCACUUUUGCAAGCUUUAGUAGCCCCUGAAAAGCUCAGAAAAAAUGAGUGAGAUUAAUUUUUUGAAUCCUCUGAACCCCUUAAAAUUGAGAAUAAUCCUGAGGAAACUGGUUUUCUUUAUCAGUUUAUCAGUUUCUUCGGUUCAAAAAAGUUCUCAUGAAAUUCGUAUAUUUCGGUUCAACUGAAAUCAAGACGUUAUAUCGCACAUCUAUUAGGAGUUUUCAGAAAAUUUGAUUAAAAUCCAACUUUGAAACCGCUUUCUUCCUUAAUUUUACUUUUGUUCGCCUGGUUUAUUGCAUAACUUGCUUAGGAACGCCUGAGGGGUCCCUAGAGGGGACUGAAGGGCUAAAAUUAUUUUGGUCCUUGUAGGAGAUUGGGGCAUUACCCAGAAGUGGGCCUUAAAGGGGUCUUUACUUCUUUUUUUCUUCACAUUUGAAACAUUUAUCGAUUAAUCCUCCUCUGAUGUCUUGGUAUCCCACCUUGUGGCCCCCUACUGGAGAGGUGAAGUGGCCCCUAAAGUAGAACUUUUGAGAGCCCCUGUAGGGACCACUCUGGCGUCAGGAGAAAAAAUCGAAAGGUUUUUUUUUCCUCAUCUUCUAUUUUUCUAGAUCCCUCCACUUGUCCUCGAAGCCCACGUGAAGAAUGUCCAAGCUCAUGCGGAUAAAACUGGAUUCGUCGACGGGACGGUCGGACUUUCCAAAUCGGGAAUCGCGGCCACCGACGAGGAAGCCAAGCAAGAAGGUCCCGGAAAAAUAAUAACAUUUUUCAAGAUUUAUUUUCAGACGAAGAAAGAAUGGACACGACGGAAUCCAACAGGAAGACCACGUCGGCCGAGGCUCGCGGAGCCAUCAAAGAAGCCGUUCAAGCUGCUGCCGCUACGGCUCUCGGAGCUGCCGCCGUCAAGGCCAAGGUGAGGCUCGAAAAAGAGCUAAUCCAGUGGCCACUUGAGCGGUCCCUCAAGGACACUAAAGUGGCCACUAAAUUUAUAGAAGCCACUGUUUUGCGUCCUAGUGUCCACUAUAGUAGUUUUAGUGGUCUAGUAGAUUUUCUAAAGAGGUCAAUAAAUUUUAGUCACUUAAGUGCCCACUUAUUCUACCACCAUAGUGGCCAGUACAACGUCAAAUCCCUGAAGUGGCCACUGAAUAUUUCACACAGAAUUACCUUAUUUUGCAACUGUAUCGGUAACAGUUAUAAACACCGAAAGAAGAAAUUUAAGGGAACUGGGAAAAUUUUCAGUGGCCUCUUAAGAGGUUCCUUAAGGACACUAAAGCCACGAAAUUUGUGCCUUAGUGACCAAUAUAGUUGUUUCUAAUGGUGUAGCAGUACCAAUUAGACUUCUGAAGUGGUCAAUAAACUUCAUCUCCACUCAACUAUUUCGAUUACUAUAGUGGCCACUAAAACGUCAAAUCCAUGGCCUUGAGUUCUAGAGAUUGAAUGAUUUUUUUUUCGAAGUUCAGCUUUACAAAUAUUUAUUCACAGUUCCCUCCAUUGAUAUUGUGGCUAUAGUUCCAUAAAUUGAAAGAAACUUUUUUUCAGCGUUAUUUUCAUGUAGAAAUGUGCUCCAACCACAAUUUUCACUAUUUUGCGUCUAAGUGGUCACUAUAGUGUUUUUAGUGGUCUAGUCGUAUCAAUUAGACUUCUAAAGCGGCCAAUACAUUUUAGACACUAAAGUGGUCACUAAUUCGACGGCUAUGGUGGUAACUGAAACGUCAAAUUCCUGAAGUGGCCACUUGAACAUUUUUCAGGAUAUUGGCUACUUAAAUAAGAAUUUCUCGCUAGGGUAGUUUUUUCUCAAAAUUUUUUUCUUUUCAAUUUUUUUUUCACCCCCUCUUGACCUCAAGGAUGCGAUUUUUGAGCUUCUUUUUCGAAAUUUCGAGGCGAAUUUUGAAGAUUUUCAAGAAAUAUUGACCUUCUAAUCAAGAUAUUCCAAAAAAUCUAAGAUUUUUAAGGCGUAUUAUUUAAGGAAACUUCAAUUAAAUGACCCAAAAUAUGAUUAUCUUCGAUAAAUAUUCCCUUUUCCAGCACCUGGCCCUGAUUGAAGAACGCCGAAUCAAAUCCCUGGUCGCUCAGUUGGUAGAAACUCAAAUGAAGAAGCUGGAGAUGAAACUGAGACAUUUCGACGAGCUCGAGCAGAUCAUGGACAAGGAGAGAGAAGCGGUAAAAUUAUGAAAAUAUCUUUUUAAUUCAUAACUCUUUUUUUUCCAGUUGGAAUAUCAACGACAGCAGUUGAUCCUGGAACGACAGGCCUUCCAUAUGGAUCAGUUAAAGUACAAUAAAAAAUAAAAUAUCCAUUUUAGAACUUUUCAAAUUUCAGAUAUCUGGAAAAUCGGGCCAAACACGAAGCCCACACGAGGAUGACAGCCGCCGGAACGGUUUGGUUUUGAAAAAUUUAGAAAAAAAUUAGGAUAUUUUACGGUUUCAAAUAAGUCAUAAUUCAAGUUUUUUUAGCUUUUCGGGUUACUGUACUUAAUUUUAGGGGCAUUUACAGGGUCAAAAAUGAAAAACCAAGAAUUUAGGAAAUAUAAGAAUUUUUUUACGGUUUUCAACGAGCCAUAAAUAAAUUUUUUUGAACUGAAGAAAAAAAUCGAGAAUUUUUGAUUUCUAGCUAUUUUUUUCCGGGUUACUGUAUUCCAUUUGACCGCAAACACAAAGAGAGAAUAAAAAUCCAAGAAUUUAGAAAAAAAGAAGGAUUUUUUUACGGCUUUAAAUUGAAGAUAAUUCAAGUUUUGAGGUAUGCAAAAUGAACUGAAAAAUGAGUUUUCAGGCAAUUUUCGAGGUUACUGUAUUCCAUUUGACCGCAAAAAAAAGUAUCAGAGCGAUAACUUUUUUUUUCUUGAAAAAAGUUUUGUUUUUCAAAAAAUUAGCCAAAAAUUGGAUUUCUCCUAGGAUUAGAAACAUGAACGCAUCCUUUUUUGCACCCGACCUGAAACGACUUGAGCCGUUAGCUAUAUGCAAGCAUUGAAGGCUUAGGAACUUCAGCACUUCGCGGAAAAAAAUAAAGAUAAUAAAAAAAGGUAUUUUUGUUAUUUAGAUGGUUUUACCGUUUUUUCUCUUAUACAAAUUCAAGUUGGUUGUAUUGAGUUAAAUGUGUCCCGUAAGACUCCAAAAUUGGAAUUUACUCAAAAAAAGAAAUGAUAGGGAUCUGACAUGUUGGAGCUUUUCUAGGUAUCACUUUAGCGGCGUCAGAACUCUUAAGUGGUCCCUAGACCUUGUUUUCUUUGAAAUCAAGUGAAAUUACGCUUCAAUGGCAAUUAAUUGUGUACUCGGAUCCUGGACGUUUCUGACCAUGUCUAGGGAUCACGUUAGCGGCAACAAGACCCUUAAGUGGUCCCUAGAUUUGCUCAGGAAUAUUCGGUUUCUAUUAACGAUGUCCGAGCAAAAUUUUAUUUCAGUAUAUCAAUUUAUCAUAGUUUUACGUUCACUUUUGAGCGAAGUGAAAUUUUCAAGAGAAUUCAGUCAAAUUUAGGUCAAAAACGGGUAUUUUUCAGCUUCCGGCAGGCCUGCCGCCGGGCUUCGAAGUGACCGGACCUCCACAGCCGACGCCACAGACGAUUCCGUCCAGUCAGGAUCCGACUCGUUCGUUUUUUAUUGACUUUUAUAGUUGGUUUGCCGCGAAUUGGUAGUUUUUGAUUGUCUGCGUCUCUUUGUUCCCUCACCAUCAGAAGUCAGAGAAACAUGAAAAUAGCACGUGAUAUGAGAGGGCGCAGAGAAAAAACUUCAAGUCGCCUUGAAUCGGCUCUUUUUUGGAAUAAAAAAAUAUGGCUUACGAUUAUUUUUCCAAGUGAAAGUAAAGCGGAAAAACGGGCCGGCAGAAAAAUUUUUUAGAAAGGCCUCAAUUUUUUAGAAUUCGUAGAUUUUUAGAAUUUUUUUUUUUUUGAGACUUCUUGCUAUACUGUUUCAAAGAGCACGAGGCAUGCCUUUAAAUGAAAAAUCGUGAUUUUGCGUGAAGUCGAUCUUAUUUUGAUGCGGUUGAAAGAAGGAAGAAAUUCUGAAUCGAUCGGUAUUUUUUGGGCUCCAGUAGGACCGAGAGGUACUGAGAAAGAUCAUUUUUAAGUUUUCGAAGAGGAAUUUUUAAUGCUUUUCUAGGUCAUUCUAUAGCUGAUUCAUGGCUGGGUUAAACCAUAAAAAAGGGUCCUGGCACGAUAAGAAAAGAGGCAGGCCACGCCCCCUUCGCGUGCCGUGAAUCGACUAUACCUCGAUACUUAUUUUUGCUCUCUGAAAAGACCAAGAUCUUCAAAGAGACUCAUUCCUUUCAGAAAACGAGAAGAUGGACACGAGCGACGGGAUGGCGACGUCGAUCGGAUCGACCGCGGCGCCACCCCGCGUACCGUCGGUACAGCCGCCGUCCGUACCUCAGCAGCCACCGCAGCAGCAGCCGCCGCCAGCCAUCCCCCCAGGACCGCCGCAGCAACAACAACAGCAGCCCCAACAGCAGCCCCAGCAGCAGGCCCCGCAGCAGUACGGGCCUCCUGGGGGAUAUCCCGCAAGUGCCUAUCCGCCCCCGCCGCGGGGUUAUCCUUCACAGGGACAGCCGCCGUAUUCCGGAUAUCCUAGCCAAGGUGAGGGUUCGAAAUGAUGUGAUUAUCACAGUGUAUAGUCUGUCUGCUGCCAAUUGAAAUUUCACGGAACGACAUUCCGCUGUUCCGCUGCGUGCGGUCGCGAAGCGUCUUUCGAAUCUAGGUCACGCUUUCAAUUUACUGUUAUUACUGUGGGAGCACAUGGAAGUGGAGUACCUUAAUCAAAGAAAAAAAUUAAAAGCGCGACCAAGCUUCGCAAAGGCGCGCAGCGGAACGGCGGAAUGUCGUUCCGUGAAAUUCCAAGUCGUGGUACACAGGCUAUAGCUUGAAUAAUUAGUCCAAAAUUCAAGAUUUUUUCAAACUCGAAUCAUAUUUUGUCCGAUUUCCCACAGACUUGAAUAGUACUUGGAAUCGACCUACCGGGAGAAUUUCAAGUGGUCACUCGAGUGGUUUUUAAUACUACUUGGAGAGAACACUGAAAUGACCCCUCUGAUUGGCUGACAUCCACAAAAUGAGUCCUCUGAAAAGAAACUUUGAUUUUCAGGCUACCCAGGCCAACCGGCCCCAGCAGCCCAAGCCUACUACGGAGCUCCAGGGCAACAACCGGGCUACCCGCCCCAACAAGGUCAGCCCCCGCCCGGAGCCUACCCGCCACCCCAACGACAGCCCUACGGACAGCCCGGACAGCCACCCUACCAAGCCCCGCCCCAAAGACCUGGAUACGGUAGCUAUCAAGGUAGGGAAAUCAAUCGAAUCUAUUUCUGAAUGGUACGGUAUGUUGAAAGUCCGCAUUUUUCGACGUUGUGUGUUUACACUUUCGUUACUUUUUUUUUAAUUUUCAGCUGGAUUUAUAAGGCAGGAAAAAUUCGAAAAUUAUUUCAUAGUUAAAAAAACUCGGAGAAGCAAGAAAAGUGCGUACACCUACAGCCCAGAAUGCGGACUUUCAACAUACAGUACCCUUCAAAAAUAGGAUAGAAAUUGCUUUUUAUUGUCAUAGUUCUGUAUGAAAGCAUUUCAUUUGUUGUUCCCCCGUUUUAUUCCUUCCUAUAAUCCAGAAGGAAAUAAUCGACUUUCAGGACACUACGGACCGCCUGGCCAGUACGGAGGAAUGCCGCCGGGCGGCUAUCCGCCCCAAGGAGUCCCUCAAGGGCCUCCCCAGGGUGGUCCCCCAAGUGCCCCGUCGGCUCAGAUGGACUCGGCCGACGCCGCCACGCCACCCAUGCAUCAUGGUAACGCUUUGAAAAAAUAAACAUCCAUUUUAAUCAGAAUUUCUCAUUUUUCAUCCAAUUUCCUGCAUUUUUCAGGCCAACCGGACGUCAAACAAGAAUAA